AUGCCCCUUGUCCAGUAUUCUGAUACCGAAUCCGAAGAAUCCGGGAGAGACGGAGAGAUAAGCAGAUUGUCAAGGUCUCCCAAGCGGCCCCGUCAUGGAUCUAACGAUAAAGUGCGACUAGAAGCUGAUGGCCAGGACCAUGCUGCCUUGCCGCCACUACCAAAUGAAUUUCGUGAUUUGUACUCUACUUCGGUGAGAGUUAGCGUGCAGGAUGAUCCCAGCCUUCAUAAUGGACGGACACGAGCAGUUCCUCAUGUGGUUGGCAACUGGCCAACACAUAUUUACCUUGAGUGGUAUCCCAACAAUAGUGAACUAGGAGUGUUGUCAGAAGUUAUCAAGCGAUGUGAAAGAUCAGCCUUGGACGGCAUGUCUAUUCAUAGUCUUCUUUACAGCGACCUGGGAGCACAGCUACCCUUACAUAUCAGCCUGUCUCGGCCAGUGGUCCUCUUGACGGAGCAGCGGGAAUCGUUUCUUAAUCUUUUCCACGAAUCAAUUUACAAGUCAAAAAUUCAACCCUUAGACUGGGUGUCGAAUUUUGAACAUACGAGAUGGUUCCUCGUCUUACGCUUGAAUUGCCCGAAAAAUGAUGGCUUAAACCGGCUACUACGCCUGUCAAAUACAACUCUUGCACAUUUUUCCCAACCGCCAUUAUAUGAAAAUCCUACCCACAGACAGAAGAGAAAACACGGAAAGCAAGUGGGGCAUCAGCACGAUAUAUCCCCAUAUUCUGGCCCAGGUGAUACUGACUACACAGACUGUUUCCAUAUUUCAAUCGCCUGGACGCUAAAAGAGCCAGGCGCUAGGGAUAAAGAACGACUUUUGUCAAUCGAUUUCCAGCCCCAUAAGCUUAACUUCAAAUUCAAUAACGUCAAAGUGAAAGUCGGAAAUCAAAUACAUAGUGAAGCGCUCCUUACAUCGACAAUGGACGAAGAUGGCUUCGAAGGUGUUUAA